UGUAAUAUUACAUAUUCAUACAAGACCAUCGAAACCCCUGCCCUGUUCUUUUGCCUCGGACUCUUUCUUUCUUUCUUUCUUUCUUCGUCUCACUCUCUCUCUCUCUCUCUCUUUCUCUCUGUCUCAUCAAGAAAAGCAGUUAGGUUUUACAUCCGGAGGAAUACAGUAACAAUUUGGAUGAGACAUUUGUGAGUGCCUCAACAAACAACAAACGACAACGACAGCAAAUAAAUAACAUGGCUGGAAGAGAAGUUCGAGAAUACACCAAUCUCACUGAUCCUAAAGAUAGGAAACUGGGGAAGGGGAAGGAUAGGAUAGAUGAUGAAGACAUCACUUUCCAACGCAUGGUUGCCAAGAUGCAAGAGGUUGCUGGAGAACGUGGAGGCUACCUUCAUGGACGUGGCGCAUUGGACAGUGAUGAUCUGCUCUAUCUCAAGGAGCAGAUGGAAGCUGAGGAAGAUGCUGAACGCCUUCUACGACGCACUGAGAAACGUGCAUUUGCUGCAUUUAAAAAAGCUGCAAGUUUAGCUGAUUCUUCACCUGCGUCAGUUCCCUUGGCCCUUCGUGUCGAGUCCAAGCCAAAGAGUGGAAUAAGACAGCAAGAUUUGCUGAAAAAGGUGGUGGAAAUCAAACCUAAGCGGCAGAGAGUUUCAAGCCAGUCUGAUGUGAAUCAGGCCACCCCAAAUUCAACGGAACGUGCUUUAGCAAGUCUACUUGAACGCGAGGCAAACCAGGAGGAGAAAAAAGUGAGUCCGCUGUCAGAACCGACCAAAGCAGAAGAUGCCACUCAAGUGGAGAACCCUGUCAAAAGCUUACUAGCAGCAUAUGAGAGUUCUGAGGAUGAAGACGAUUGAUGCAGAUUUACAUGGAUAUUACUUGCUGCCUGCAUUGUGGGAGCUGUUAUGUGAUUAUCUCCUUGCAGUUUUUAGAUGUUUACGGCACGAUAGAAGGAAAGCCUGAGAACCACGUCAAUGACCUCACAGAUCUUGCAUCUGCUACCAGGAUUGCUCGAGAUCUCAUCUAUGGAUAUAGUGUGGCUUUAGCAUCACCUGUUUGAGAGAAAAAGCUCUGAUUUUGUUUCGAAAACAUCCUUUACUGAUUGAAAUUUCAGGACUUUCCUUUCCCAUACAUCUUGCACAUUAAUUGCCUGUUAAUUAUUUCAUUGAUGAGUCUGUUUUGCUGACAUGGAAAGUCAAUUGCUCCUCACUGAUCUUAGCUCAGACAACUAUCUUUAUUGAGUUUUCAAUGUCAGUUUCUGUUAUGCAA